UAAUGAUCUGUGCUUUAAAUAAAGCCCUACGUACAGCUUCGCACUGUUCUCUGGUCUUCUGAUCGGCACGCCGCCCGAAUCUCCAUCAUCUCCUCUGGUCUUCCGGAGACUUUCAGGCUCCUGGUCCGUAUCUGAUCUCGUGCAGCCAUGCCUAGCAAGAGAAAGAAGAAUAAGCGCCGCAUGAGGAGAGUGCAGGCACAGAGGCGGGCACUGGAGGAACAGUAUGCUGCUACAGCUAAAGGAACUCCUGCACUCAGGGCUGUCUCUGCCCCGGGUGCACCCCCGGCCAAACCACCCAAGGCGUCCAAGGCCCCGGCCCCUAAACCAAAGAUCCAAGAGGUCAUCGCUCCUGCUCCUGUUAUCAAAGAAGUUCCAAAAUGGUCUAUGUGCCCCCCAGUGGAACCCCCAAAGCUUGUACCCAUAACCCCAGAGGUGAAAAGCUGUCCCCCGGUUGAAGCCCCCAGCCCUGCACCUGAGCCAGUUGCAGUUCCAGAACCUGCCCCUGUAGAACCUGAGCCCGUCAAAGAACCAGAACCAGUCAUUGAACCAGAACCAGUUGCGGUGGCACCAGAACCAGCCAGUAAACCAGAACCAGUUGCUGUGGCACCAGAACCAGCCAGUAAACCAGAACCAGUUGCUGUGGCACCAGAACCAGUCAGUGAACCAGAACCAGUUGCUGUGGCACCAGAACCAGUCAGUGAACCAGAACCAGUUGACGUGGUACUGGAACCUGUCUGUGAACCAGAGACGGAGGCGGAACCAGUUGCAGUGAUUCCAGAGCCAGUCGCGGCUGAACCAGAAGUGGUUCAGGAGCCCGAAGUGGUGGAAGCACCUGAACCAGUUCCCAUUCCCGUUGUUGAGGAAGUGGCGCCUGUCGAAGAAGUUCCUGUUGCAGAGUUGGCAGAAGAAGCUCCAGUUGUGCUGGAGAACUCUCCUAUUCCAGCUCCAGAAGUAGAGGUGGAGACGCUAGCUGCUCCAUGUGAGGAGGCCAUUGUCCAGGAGACCAUAGAGACAGCAGAAACUGUGGAAGUGGUGGCAUGCGAGCUUACCCCUGAAGCACCAGAGGAGAUUGCACCUGAACCCAUAGUCGAAGAACAAGAGACGGUCUUAUCGGAGCCUGUCGCUGAAGUGUUAGCUGAACCUGAGCCUGUAGAUGAAGCCCAAACCCUUUCAGAAGAGACAGUCGAAGAAGCCUCGGCUGAUCUGGAAACGGUAGAAGCUGUCGCCGUGCCCCAGCUGGAAUCAGUUGAAGACACGACUGAAGCUGUGACCGUGGAGGUUGUUGAAGAAGCGGUCACCACAGAACCUGCUGCUGAAACUGUGAGUGCUCAACUCAAAGUGGAAGAGGCGGUAGUGGAGACUUUAAGGGAAGAACCCGUAGAAGAGGUCAGGACUGAAGAGCCAGAGGUGGCAGUCUCUGAGACUACGGAAGCAGAGCAGCUUCCUGAGGAGACUCCUGAUGCCCCAGAACCAGAGGUGUCUCAGGAUGUGCCUGCCCAGAUUGAGGAGGCUGUUGCGGCUGAUAUCGCCCCCGUUGCUGUCGUGGAACCUGAGGCGGCCCCCGUUGAGCCGGUCCCUGACACCAUGGCUGAGGACUUUGUUGUGACAGAAUCAGCUGUUGCUGUGGAGGCUGCCAUGUCUGUACCUGCUGACACUGAGGGACCUAUUCCUGUUAGCACAAUUGAGGAGACUGUGGUUGUACCAGAGAAGUUAGAGGUGGACCCUAUUGCUGAACCCAUCACUCUGUCGACAAAUGAAGUCCUCAAGACUAAAGAGGAAAUUGUGACUGAAGUGGAAAUUGAAACCAAGACUGUCGUGGAGGCCAUAAAUGGACACAUGGCAGCAGAAGUGGCUAUUGAGAGCUAAACAUGAUGUGGUGUGCACGAUGGACUCAAAAUGUCUACAUUCAAAGUGCCUUUUCAUGUGUGGGCUCAAAAUCUCUUGGCUGUGAAGAGGGGAUUCAGACAGAUGUCAUGAUUUUCAUGUGAAUACUGGCUCUUUAAUUGGCGUCCGCCUCCUCAUGCAUAUUUGCAGUCACUGUAAACAUGCGUACAUGGGAGCUGUCAGUUGGUGAAAUAUCACAGUUUAUAUGUUCAUAUUUGGACCAUUUUUGUAUUGAAACAGUUUUUUUAUUUGCCUCAUCUUUUCCUUUGACCUUUUUUGUAAAAAGCGCUGCCUCCAAAAGGCUCCCAUUUUACUAUUUCAAAUGGUGCCUUUUUUUCUUAAGUUUGAAUGGAUUUUAAGAGAGGAGCCCUUUGGUGUGUAUGUAUGUGCUGUGUGCCACUUGUUAUGAUGACAAGUGUCCUGCAUCAGUGCUUAAUACUGGAGAAACUGCAUCUAUUCUCUGGAGCCAGGGCUGGAGGGGUCGGACUGUCAGGCCACACGUGUUGUCUACUCCUCCUGCCUUUUGUAAACAAGUCUAUUUGGUACAAGAUGGCUGCUGGAAGCCAUGGUCCACAACAGACAGAGCUGUAAAGGUUCUUUCGCUCUCAUUAAAAAAACAGAACUCACCGUGA